CCUCAAAAACAGAAUCAGUGCUUCACCCUUCAUCCCUCUCUUCUUUCUCAUUCAUUUCCAAAAAUGGCUUCUCUGCUUAAAGAAAUGCCUUCCAUGUCCACUCUACUUUCAGCCUACGCUUCCUUCUCAGCUUUGGCUAUGCUCAUCCGUACAAUCCUAAACGAAAUGAUCCCGAAACCCAUGAGAGAAUUCCUCACCAACAAUCUGUCAGACCUCUUCUCAUCUUAUUUCAGCUCAGACUUCACUUUCGUUAUUGAAGAUCGAUGGCAAGCUGUCAACAACGAAACUUUCCGAGCAAUCGAGGUCUAUCUUCCUACCAAGAUCGGCAACUCCACGAAAAGCCUUCUUCUUGGCAAUAAUGACAGCAACAAUAUCACUGCCCCGCCUAAACCAGGCAUCCCUGUGGACACUAAAGUUGUUGAUGAGUUUGAGGGCAUGCAGUUGAAAUGGACCCUUCAGGAGAAAGAAUCCAAGAAGUAUUACCUCCGAAACAGGCGACACUUCGAGUUGAAAUGCAACAAAAAAGAUAAAGACAGAAUCCUGACGAGCUAUUUGCCUCACAUUUGCAGCACCGCAGAGGAAAUAUUGAGUAUGCGUGAGACACUUAAUCUUUACACUUAUGACAAUGAAGGGUCUGUGUGGGAAUCAACUGUCUUCAAGCAUCCUGCAACUUUUGAAACUCUAGCUAUGGAGCCUGACCUUAAAGACUCUAUAAUCCAAGACCUUGACUUGUUUAUGCAACGCAGGAAGUAUUUUCAAAGUGUUGGGAGAGCUUGGAAAAGAGGGUAUCUUCUCUAUGGUCCACCUGGGACUGGGAAAUCUACACUUGUUGCUGCUAUUGCUAAUUAUCUGAGAUUCCAUAUCUAUGAUCUUCAGCUCCAAGGUGUAAGGAAUGACAGUGAUCUCCGCCGUAUACUUACUUCCACCACUAACCGCUCCAUUCUUCUCAUUGAGGAUAUUGAUUGUAGUACCAAGUCUUCGCGCUCUCGUGCUCGCAUCAGCCAUCACAAUGGUGAAGAGGAAGAGGAUGAUCGCGACCGUUCUGAUAAUAAAGUUUCUCUUGAUCCUGGGGUGACUUUAUCAGGCUUGUUGAAUUUCAUUGAUGGGCUAUGGUCAAGCUGUGGAGAUGAAAGAAUAAUAAUCUUUACCACUAACUACAAAGACAAGUUAGACCCAGCAUUGCUUCGCCCAGGACGCAUGGAUGUCCACAUCUACAUGGGACACUGUACUCCUGCAGGAUUCAGAAAGCUUGCAGCUACUUAUCUUGGGAUCAAAGAUCAUCUUCUUUUCAAAUGCAUUGGAGAUCUAAUUGAAAGUGUAGCUAUUACUCCAGCAGAAGUAGCACAGCAACUUAUGAAAUGUGAUGACCCUCAGGUGGCACUUGACAGUCUCAUUGAGUUAAUUAAUAAGAAGGGUCAUCAAGUUGAGGAUGAAUUGCAGGAUAAAAAAGGUGAAGAAGAGGUUAUAAAACAGGAAAUUAUAAUGCUUGGAAAGGGUGAUGUGAAACUGGUUGAGAAGCACAAUAAGGAGAAGAUUGAAGAGAGAUGUGUGUAUCUUACUUGAAAGACAGUUUGGCUUUUAUGGAUAAUGUCAUUUCUCAUAUCACCUUUCCCUGUCAUUUCUCUGAUCUGUUGGUCCAAAUUUUCUUAGAUGGGUCCCGCUUGUAAUUUUCCUGGAAUCAAGCUUGUAGCAUUUUCUGAGUGUCAGAUAUGCCAGAGUUGAAACUGGCUUUGAGUUUAGGACAAAAGAAAAACUAUUGUUAUUACAUAAAUAAAUAGUAUUGCAAUGA